ACAAGCUGAACCUUGCCGUGCAGCGGCUGUAGUUCAACACAGAGCUCGACCCGGUGUCUACACACAGAGCUUAGCAUUUUUUAUCUGAUGAUGGAAAAACACCUGAAAAGGACAUUCACUGUCGGAUAAACCACCAACACGGAUAAUACGUGCAGAAUUCAGGUGGGAAUCAUCCGGAGCCGUCCGUUCAGAGUGAAGACCGACCUGUCAUGGGUGUCACGGUGUUCCUGUGCAGGUAAACGUUAGCAGGCAGCCCGGCUAGCCGCGCAGCUAGUCACGCAGCAGGAAGCUAGCUUAGCAACAGCCCCUACUAACGAACUAAGUAACGAACUAACAAGUUGGGUUGGAUGAACUGCUGCCGCAGACGACAGCCAAGCAUGGAUCAUUUUUACCCCGCAAAUUAUGAACUGUCCUUAUGAACGACCACAAACCGUCAUUUGUAUUGUUUAUUUUAUUGUCUUCAAGGAGAAACUAGUGGCUGGUGCUGCAAGGUUGAUUGACAGCUUGUCACAACUGAUAUUCCAGAUGUGCAGUCAGCACCAAAAGUGUAGCUAGGCUCUUAAAUUAGCUAGCCACAGCUGCAGGACUGGCGACUGAUCAGGAAUGGCUGGUUGGAUGGAACAAACUCUUCUUGAGUGGACUCUCAACAAACUACAUCAACAAGCGAUGAAUUUCAUUUUGGCAGCGAGGUGUCACUGAAGUCGACACCAUCCCAGCUGACACGUUGCUAGUCUGCUAAGUGACUGACGUUACAGAGUGGAUACAGCCACACCAAAACACGGGCUGUCAACUGGGCCAAACACACACACGCGGAGUGUUUAUACAGUUCAGUGAGGAAUGAAGAAGACAGAAAAUACAAGCAAGAGGAAACUCAGCAACAUGGAGAACCGGGGAGCAGAAAAAGAUAAGGAGUUUACAGCUCCCCCUCCUCUCCUCUUCAGGAAGAUGAGUAACCCUGACCUGUCGCCUGCAGCCACCGCUGCCACAAAGUCCAAACUGCACCGACAGCUGAGCCAGGACGAAGGCUGGGCCCGACGCAACAGCAUGGCCAUGACCGGUAAGCAGCUGCUGCCUCUGUCCAGCAGUCUGCACACCGGGGUGAGUCAUCUGGCCUGGCAGGGGCCCUCUGGAGGUUUUGGAGUUCACGGGCCCGCGGGGGGAGCGUCUGCAGGAGGAGGAGGAGAGAUGAACAGCCUGGUCCGUAUGAGGAGCCAAAGCUUGGGACAUUCGGCUCCGUCACUCACCGGACUGAAGGAGCUGAGCCUUCCCAGAAGAGGCAGUUUCUGUCGGACGAGCAACAGGAAGAGCCUGAUUGUGACAUCCAGCACCUCCCCCACCCUGCCACGACCACACUCCCCUCUGCAUGGACACACAGGUACCAGCCCGUUGGACAGCCCUCGCAACUUCUCUCCCAACACAGCUGCACACUUCUCCUUUGUUCCCGCACGCAGUCACGGACACAGGGCUGACAGGACGGAUGGCAGACGCUGGUCUCUGGCCUCGUUGCCCUCCUCUGGCUAUGGCACCAACACUCCCAGCUCCACUGUCUCGUCCUCCUGUUCAUCUCAGGAGAAGCUGCACCAGCUGCCCUUCCAGCCCACUCCGGACGAGCUGCACUUCCUCACCAAACACUUCAGCUCCGAGAGCAUCACGGACGAGGAGGGACGCCGCUCCCCUGCCAUGAGACCGCGCUCCCGCAGCCUCAGCCCCGGGCGUUCGCCUAUCUCCUUCGACCAUGAGAUCGUGAUGAUGAACCAUGUGUACAAGGAGAGGUUUCCCAAGGCAACGGCUCAAAUGGAGGAGCGUCUGGCUGAGCUGCUCUGUUCCACGGCCGCGGAUAAGGUCUGCCCGCUGGCCGACGGGGUCCUGAGCUUCAUCCACCAUCAGCUGAUAGAGCUGUCCAGAGACUGCCUGGAGAAAAGCAGAGAGGGCCUCAUCACCUCCCGCUACUUCUACGAGCUCCAGGAGAACCUGGAGAAGCUGCUGCAAGAUGCUCACGAGCGCUCAGAGAGCGUGGAGGUGACCUUCGUCACACAACUCAUCAGGAAGCUGAUGAUCAUCAUCGCCCGGCCAGCGCGUCUGCUGGAGUGUCUGGAGUUUGAUCCUGAGGAGUUCUACCACUUGUUGGAGGCAGCAGAGGGCCAUGCCAAGGAGGGCCAGGGCAUCAAAUGUGACAUCCCCCGAUACAUCAUUAGCCAGCUGGGCCUCACCAGGGACCCCCUGGAGGAAAUGGCCCAGCUGAGCAACUAUGACAGCGGGAACCCAGAAACCCCAGAGACUGAUGAUUCAGUAGAUGGUCAGUGCACCACAGUCCCAGCAGCUCCUCCACAGCCUAAGACCAAAGCGCCCCGAGAGGAAGACUUUGAAAACAUCAAGCUCAUCAGUAACGGAGCCUACGGCACUGUGUUUCUGGUGCGUCACAAGGAGACUCGGCAGCGUUUCGCCAUGAAGAAGAUCAACAAGCAGAACCUGAUCCUGAGGAAUCAGAUCCAACAGGCCUUCGUGGAACGAGACAUCCUGACGUUCGCUGAGAACCCGUUUGUCGUCUCCAUGUUCUGUUCUUUCGAGACCAGGAGACACCUCUGCAUGGUGAUGGAGUACGUGGAGGGUGGGGACUGCGCCACGCUGCUGAAGAAUAUCGGAGCUCUGCCUGUUGACAUGGCGCGUAUGUACUUUGCAGAGACCGUCCUCGCAUUAGAGUAUCUUCACAAUUAUGGCAUCGUACACAGAGACCUCAAACCUGACAAUCUUCUUAUCACUUCCAUGGGACACAUUAAGCUGACAGACUUUGGGCUCUCAAAGAUCGGUUUGAUGAGUUUAACCACAAACCUGUAUGAAGGACACAUAGAGAAAGACACCAGAGAGUUCCUCGAUAAACAGGUGUGUGGCACGCCAGAGUACAUCGCCCCGGAGGUUAUUCUGCGUCAGGGCUACGGCAAGCCGGUGGACUGGUGGGCCAUGGGAGUCAUCCUGUAUGAGUUCCUGGUGGGCUGCGCUCCCUUCUUCGGAGACACACCAGAGGAGCUGUUUGGUCAGGUCAUCAGUGAUGAGAUCAUCUGGCCGGAGGAGGACGAAGCUCUGCCUCUGGAUGCUCAGGACCUCAUCUGCAAACUGCUGAGACAAAAUCCUUUGGAAAGACUGGGCACAGGAAGUGCCUUUGAGGUGAAGCAGCACCAGUUCUUCACAGAGCUGGACUGGAACAGCCUGCUGAGGCAGAAGGCCGAGUUCAUUCCCCAGCUGGAGUCUGAGGACGACACCAGCUACUUUGACACUCGUUCUGACCGGUACCACCAUGUAGAUUCAGAGGAAGAGGACGACACCAAUGAUGAGGAACAUGUGGAGAUUCGACAGUUCUCCUCCUGCUCACCUCGUUUCAGCAAGGUGUACAGCAGUAUGGAGCGACUGUCUCUGCACGAGGAGAAGAGGACUCAUCCUCCCACCAAACGCAGCCUCAGUGAGGAGGGAGGAGAUCGUAUCGACAGCCUGAGCGGACUCAAGUCCAGAGAUCGAUCCUGGCUGGUGGGAUCUCCAGAGAUCCUGCGGAAGCGUCUGUCUGUCUCGGAGUCGUCCCACACAGAGAGUGACUCCAGUCCACCACUGACUGUCCGGAGACGCUGCUGUUCAGCCAUUAUUGAGAUGCCACGCUUCGCCAUCUCCUCAGAGGAAGAGGGAGGUCAAGCUGUAAGCCGUAAGAGUCCCAGCCUGUUGGGCCUGAGUGCAGUGAGGGGCCCCCGUAGUGAUGAGCUCCCCAUCGCCAUCCCAGAGCUCCCAGUGGAGAGGGAGCUGAAGCUGGACGAGUCUCCCACGACACCGAGCUCCGCCUCCAGUCAACUGAGCAAGGCCACGCUCACACCGGGCAGUUCAGGCGACACAUGUGAUCGCGGUCACAGAUGUAACGUCAGUAAUGGCGGUGGCAGUGGAGCCGCUAAAGUUGCGGCAGAAAGCGACUCUCCAUCCACUCCCAGAGCCAUCAGCGACCUGGCGGCUCGUAGGGCUCGCCACCGGCUGCUGUCUGGAGAUGCAGACAAACACACAGCGACGCCGAGCUCCAGACCGCUCAACAAGGUCAUCAAGUCAGCGUCCGCCACUACGCUGUCACUGAUGAUCCCUGCAGACCACCACGGAGCCUCUCCAUUGGCCAGCCCAAUGUCGCCCCACUCGCUGUCGUCAAAUCCGUCGUCGCGCGACUCCUCCCCGAGCCGAGACCUGUCCCCAGCUGUGACCAAUGUCAAGCCCGCCAUCGUGAUCCAAAGAGUGGGCAAGAAGUACGGGUUCACCCUGAGGGCCAUCCGGGUAUACAUGGGAGACUCUGACAUCUACACUGUACACCACAUGGUCUGGCAUGUGGAGGAUGGCGGUCCGGCCCACAAUGCAGGGCUGAGGCAGGGAGACCUGAUUACCCAGGUCAACGGAGAGGCGGUUCACGGUCUGGUUCACACAGAGGUGGUGGAGCUCAUACUGAAGAGCGGCCCCAAAGUGUCCAUCGCUGCCACCCCGUUUGAGAACACGUCCAUCAAGGUCGGCCCCGCCCGAAAGACGAGCCACAAGUCCAAGAUGGCGAGACGCAACAAGAAGACCAAGACCAAGGAGGGACAGGAGAGUAAGAAGAAGACGUCUCUGUUUAGAAAGAUCACCAAGCAGGCGUCUCUGCUCCACACCAGCCGCAGUCUGUCCUCUCUGAACCGCUCUCUGUCCUCCGGGGAGAGCGGCCCCGGCUCGCCCACACACAACCUGUCACCACGGAGCCCGACACAGGGCUACAGGUCCACGCCAGACUCCGCACACUCAGUUGGUGGAACCUCGUCUCAGAGCAGCUCUCCCAGCUCCAGUGUCCCAAACUCCCCGGCGAGCUCCGGCCACAUCAGGCCCAGUUCCUUGCACGGCCUCGCCCCGAAGCUCCAGCGCCAGUACCGCUCACCCCGACGCAAGUCUGCCGGCAACAUUCCCCUUUCCCCUCUGGCCCGCACGCCUUCACCCACCCCUCAGAGCAGCUCGCCACAGCGCUCACCCUCCCCUCUGCCCAGCCACUCUCUGGCACAGUCUACAGUGGGUCAGUCCUUCCCUGUGAAGCUCCACUCCUCCCCUCCCCUGGUGAGGCAGAUAUCCAGGCCUAAGAGUGCAGAGCCCCCACGCUCUCCCCUCCUGAAGAGGGUGCAGUCAGCUGAGAAGCUGGCCUCCUCCCUGUCUAACUCCCCCUCGAUUCCCUCUGGGGUGGCAGCGGUGUGUUCGGUUGUCGGGAGCCGGAAACACAGUCUUGACAUCUCACAUUUGGAGUUUAAGAAGGAGAUUCUGCAGAGAGAGCCGAGCCUAACCAGCCUUCAGGAGUCAGCCAGCGAGGGUCUGCUGUCCUCAGCAGGACGCGGCGUAGAGAAGGGCAGCCUGCAGAAGCACUCCUCCUCAUCCAGGAAGUUAGGGCGUCAGGAAGGCGACGGCUCUCUCAGCUCUGUGUCCGGCUCUCUGGGCCUGGCCCCCGGGAAGAGCAAGCUGAAGGACAAACUGUCUGCCAUCAGGCAGGACAGAGCCGAGCGGAGGGAAUCGCUACAGAAGCAAGACGCCAUCCACGAGGUCGAUUCAUCAGAGGACGAGACCGAUGAGGGCUCAGAGGACAGCCAGGAUGGACGCAGGGGGGCGACCUUCACCCCUCCUCCCCUGCUGAGGCCAACCACUGUGCGAACGGGCCCCGGAGGCACGCUGCCAUCCCUCUGCCUCUCCCCAUGCACCCCUCAUGCCACCUUCACCCACACAGGGCCCUCGCAGGUAGGCAGGCCCACUCCCUUGCACACUCUCCCCUCCGUUGCCGAGACAAAGCCCGGUCAGAGCGGAAUAAAAGAUGCAAGGUCUGCCUCAUCCACAGAAGACAGCGCAAGACAAGAGAGGAAGGUUCUGGAGCCGAGCGGUAACACAAAACCCACUCAGGGCCCCCUUCCCUUCUCCACCCCAGGCAGUGCAUUCAUCUCAGUCAGCAAGGACACUUUCCUCAAGCCAGCUCCUCCACUAGACUCAAAGAUUCUCAGGGGGAAGCCUGCACCAUCAGAGCCCAGGGCAGAGGCCCUAACCCUGGACAGCCCGAGAACCACAGUCCCCUCUACCAUAAUCACAACAAAUAUUACCGACACCACAGACUCCAGCACCACCACCAGUACCACAGACUGUCAAACUGCUGACAGCCAAGAGACACCCCGCGUCUCCUGCUCCUCUCCUGGCAUCCCCAAGGAGAAAAAGGAGGCUGACAACCGGAGACUUUGUGCUGCAGCUGCUGCAUGUCUGAAUGUGUCGCCCUCGUCCACUUCUGGCUCCAGCUCCAGUUCCUGCUCCCCAGUUCCGGCCCCUGAGAGUGCAGUGGAAAAAGUUGUGUCCCAGCUUGCAACACUAGCUAAGAGCGUUCUGGGUCCCGUCAAACUGAGCACCACUGCAGAAAAGAUCCAGAAGGACGAGAAACCAUCCAGAGGUGGCACCCCAGAAGGCCCUCCAACUGACCUCCUCUCAUUUCCCUCAAAACAGCUACCAACAUCUCAAUCACCUCGACUUUCAGAGUCCCAAACCAGACAGAAAACUGAGCAAGUUGCCCCACCGACCACCUCACAGAGGUCGGCCAAACCCUCAACCCAGAAAGACUUUGCAGUCCUGCUACCAUCGCCGUGCAAGGACGUCCCAGAAAGGUCCGCAUCAGGGUCAGAAGGUAGGGAGAACGCUGCCACAUGUGCAUCUGCACAGCGGCUGGGCACAGCAGCCGCUCCACCUGCCCUCAUCACUCUCCCCAGUUCCUUUGCAGCACCUGAGUCACAGCGCAAGAUGUCCGAAUCCCAGACGACAACUGCCACCACCACCAAUGCCAUGUCCGCCUCCUCGCAACAAGACAAAGCAAUCUGCAAGAAGACGUAGCAGCAGAAACGCAAAGAACAAAUUGUACAGAUGACACCACUCAGUGCUGGUUUGAGGUUUUAGAACUCACACAACCUGCAUGUUUGGAAGAAAACAUAUUAGUAACUUCGCACUAAUCUGAGAGUUUGACUAAAGCAAAAGAAAGGCGUAGAGAGAGACGAAGAGCUAUCAGAAGCAGAGACAGAUGCGGCAGUCCUAGUUUCAUUCCAGCUGUUCUGUGCUCUUGGUGUUCAUGUGGGUUAUUUGUGUGUCCUGUCCUCUUUGGUUUCUGCUUUCAGGCUUAAUGCCAAUAGGAGUUGGCGUUUUUUUUUUCUCUUUCUGCAAAUAUGUACGGGGCUAGAAAUAAAGAGCUCAGUGGUCCGUGCACAUACAAUUUAUGCCGACACAUUACACACACCUUUCUCACUCUCGAUCUACUUGUGCUGCCUCAUUACUUUUCCACCUUGAUGUUUGGCAGAGUCUACACGCAUGUUCGACAUACAGAUCAGGACGAGCCUUACUGAACACACACCUCUUCUUCUCCUCCCGUCCCUCCUUCCCUGACGAUGACUACCGAGCCACGACUGGAAAAUUAUUGUAUCUCAGCAAUAAAGUGCAGCAUAUGUUUAGCAAUCGGUGUAAAUGCAUUACGGUGUUUUUAAUAGGACUAAAUCUGCACCGUCAAUGUACACUCAGCACCCAGCUAAUUUAAAUUAAAUUGUCCUGUAGCUGUAGUCCCUGGUGGUAUGGCACUGCAGGCCUGCAGUGCGGGGGAUUUAUUCCCUGAGCACGGACUCCAGAUGUGGUUCAGUGAUUUAAAGAGAUUCCUGGGAAUGUCAGGGCUGGAUUAGAUUAGUGUACUUCACCAAAUCUGUACAGAAUUUCGAUUUAUUCUACAGUUUCAAUCCUAAACUGAAUGACUUUCCUCACCCAGCUGUAUGUUUAAGGGCCAUAGUGGUGUUUAUUGUAUUGCGACACCAUACUUUUUCCAAGGUUCUAGGCAUUUAUCUCCAAAAUCUAGCACAGAUUAAAUUCUUUACUGGGUUUUUUUAAACAUUUGACUGCCUAGAAAGUAGAAACAUUUUUGCUUGUAGUCCAACAUGUGACCACUAGCUAAGAUGCUUUAGGGUUAGGAUUCAAUACUUGGAUCCUGUUCCAUGUUGGACAAUACCCAGAUUUUCUAUUUACAGUGUUUUAUUUCUACAAGCUCUUUUUUUAUUAGCAAAGAGAAUCGCUAACCGUCGCUUCCAUGUGUUGCUGGUGGCAGAUUAUACAGCGUACCAGCUCUAGCUAAUAGUUUCCUAUAAAUGCUGAAAGUUAAAAGUGUUCAAUAAGGGAUUAGAAAAACUUCAUAUUUGACUGAUGCAAGCUGGUUAAUGCUGGAUUCAGAUCCAAUAAAAUCCUUUUUUUAAACCCAAACGUAGCAUAUUAGCAUUAGCACCAUUACAGAUGUGUCAUUGUGCUGGUGCUUCUCUUCAUACCACUGUCAGUAGGCUUAUCAGAUGUGUUUUAACUCCGAACUUUAGAUUCAGACGCCCUUUACACAGUUUUACUUCCAAACACGCAUACGGAAAUGAAGCCAAGGAUUUGAACACACACCUGAUUUUAUUGGUUUAACCUACACUCAGCUGAGGAAUUCAAACUGAGCAUGCUCAGACUGACUGGUUAUUUUAGAAAAAAAUAAUUCUGUUGGACCACCAACUUUUUAUUUCUCGCCCCAUCAGCCUCUCAAGGCUGCGGUAGUUUUAUUUGGUAUCUGGACCAACUUGCUGUGUUUUUUGCCUUUAAUCCUAUAAAGUCAUCAGACUUUACUUUGUAUAUGUGUGUGUGAGGGAGAGAGCGUUUGUUAAUUUGUGCAUGAUUAUCUGUG